AUGAAUGUACCAGCUACAAGAGAAGACCUCAUGAUAGUCAAUAUGGGUCCUCAUCACCCAUCAAUGCACGGUGUUCUUCGACUCAUCGUUACUUUAGAUGGUGAAGAUGUUAUUGACUGUGAACCAAUACUAGGUUAUUUGCACAGAGGGAUGGAAAAAAUUGCAGAAAACCGAACAAUUAUACAAUAUUUGCCUUAUGUAACACGUUGGGAUUAUUUAGCUACUAUGUUCACAGAAGCAAUAACCGUAAAUGCACCAGAGCAGUUGGGAAAUAUUCAAGUACCUAAAAGAGCCAGCUAUAUUAGAGUGAUUAUGUUGGAGUUGAGUCGUAUAGCUUCUCAUUUAUUAUGGCUUGGCCCUUUUAUGGCAGAUAUUGGUGCACAGACUCCUUUCUUCUAUAUUUUCAGAGAAAGAGAGUUAGUCUAUGAUCUAUUCGAAGCUGCCACCGGUAUGAGAAUGAUGCAUAAUUAUUUUCGUAUAGGAGGAGUAGCUGCUGAUCUACCGCAUGGAUGGAUAGAUAAAUGUUUGGAUUUCUGCGAUUAUUUUUUAACAGGGGUUGCUGAAUAUCAAAAACUUAUUACGCGUAAUCCUAUUUUUUUAGAACGAGUUGAGGGAGUAGGCAUUAUUGGUGUAGAAGAAGCAAUAAAUUGGGGUUUGUCAGGACCAAUGCUACGAGCUUCCGGAAUACAAUGGGAUCUUCGUAAAGUUGAUCAUUAUGAGUGUUAUGACGAAUUUGAUUGGGAAGUCCAAUGGCAAAAAGAAGGAGAUUCAUUAUCUCGUUAUUUAGUACGAAUUGGUGAAAUGGUGGCAUCUAUAAAAAUUAUUCAACAGGCUCUGGAAGGAAUUCCGGGAGGGCCGUAUGAGAAUUUAGAAAUCCGAUGCUUUGAUAGAGCGAGGGAUCCCGAAUUGAAUGAUUUUGAAUAUCGAUUUAUUAGUAAAAAGCCUUCUCCCACUUUUGAAUUGUCGAAACAAGAACUUUAUGUGAGAGUCGAAGCCCCAAAGGGAGAGUUGGGAAUUUUUCUGAUAGGGGAUCAGAAUGUUUUUCCUUGGAGAUGGAAAAUUCGACCGCCGGGUUUUAUCAAUUUGCAAAUUCUUCCUCAGUUAGUUAAAAGAAUGAAAUUGGCUGACAUUAUGACGAUACUAGGUAGCAUAGAUAUAAUUAUGGGAGAAGUUGAUCGUUGA